GAAGUGGUCCUUUCCGAAUCCAAAUCCACAUUCUUCUCCCUGACUGUCUCUUUCACAGCUCUUCUCUUUCUUCUCUUCUGCCACCCAUCCCAAACAACAACUCUUUGUCUGUUUCCCUUCUGCCAACACAAACUUUCUUUUCUAUUUUCUCUUUCAUUUUGAUUUCAUUUAGCUCCGCCAUAUUCAAUCCCUCAUUACUUCAUUCCCUUCCUGUACCAGAAAACCACACACUCUCACUCUCUCACUACAUAAAGACAACAACUUUCCUUUCAAAUCCUCUCAUUUUCAACCAAACGAAACUCAAUUCAAUUCAUGUUUAACCCCAUUUGUCCAGACCCUCGGGGAGCUUGCGAAUUAUUCAUUAGCACUUAAAUUCAAUCCCUUUUCUUUGUUUGGAUUUGAUUUCUUCGGAAUUGGUGUUGUAGGGGCUUGAGGAAUUGUGGGAUUCGGAUUUUGCAGGAAUUGGGCAUGAAUGAAUGAAGAUGGCGUUCAAAUCCAAGAUAAAAUGGAUUGCACUGUUUGUCUUGAUGCUAUCAAUGGUGUCUCUAGUGAUUCACCUCUCCAUCACAAAGCUUUCGGGGCCUUAUUCACUGCAAUCUACUUUAAUGCCUGCCAUUGGAUUUAACCUCACUCCUAUCUUUGGCGGUGAUAGAGCUGUUAGAAAUAAGAGGUCGUGGGGGCAUGUGAAGUCUUUGAAGUCACUGCAGCCUUAUGCCAACCCGAGAAGCAGUUAUCCUGUUCCAAAUGAAAAGAACAAUGGUUACAUUUAUGCAAAAAUUUUUGGUGGAUUUGAGAAGAUAAGAUCCUCGAUCUGUGAUCUUGUCACCAUAUCCAGGCUUCUAAAUGCUACUCUUGUCAUUCCAGAGAUUCAAGAAACUCUUCAAUCAAAAGGCAUUAGUUACAAAUUCAAGAGUUUUUCAUAUCUCUAUGAUGAAGAGCAGUUCGUAGCAUCACUUAAAAAUGAUGUAAUCGUUGUGAACAGCCUGCCCGAGAAUUUGAAGGCAGGCAGGAGAAGGAAUGAGAUCCAUACUUAUAAGCCCAAAAGUUCUGCUUCUCCAAAUUUCUACGUUAAGGAAAUUUUGCCUGAGUUAAAGAAAUCCAAGGUUAUUGGACUAGUUCUUCAUGAUGGAGGAUGCUUGCAGUCAAUUCUUCCUCAAAGCAUGUCCGAGUUUCAGAGGCUUAGAUGUCGAGUUGCAUUUCAUGCUCUAAAAUUUCGCCCAAAAAUUCAGGUGCUUGGUCAGUUGAUGGUUCAGAGGUUACGGGCAUCUGGUCAACCUUUCCUUGCAUUUCAUCCUGGCUUAGUGAGAAAUACCUUGGCAUAUCAUGGGUGUGCGGAAUUAUAUCAGGAUGUUCACACUGAGCUUAUACAGUACCAAAGGGCACAGAUGAUUAAGCAAGGGAUUCUUAAUGAUGAGCUAAGUGUAGACUCACACGCUCAAAGAUCCAAUGGGUCAUGCCCCCUCAUGCCAGAAGAGAUUGGUCUUCUCCUUAAAGAGAUGGGUUAUUCUACUGAAACAAUGAUAUACGUGGCUGGGUCUGAAACUUUUGGUGGUCAACGCAUUUUGAUACCUCUGCGAGCAAACUUCUCUAACACUGUGGAUCGCACUCAGGUGUGCACUAAGCAAGAAUUAUCUGAUGUGGUUGGUCCUGAAACACCUCUUCCAUUGAAUCCUUUCCAGCCCCCACCUACCAUAAGUGAGGAACAAUUAAAAGAAGAGUGGAAUAGGGCAGGUCCCCGGCCUCGUCCCCUUCCUCCACCUCCAGACAGACCCAUCUAUCAACAUGAAAAAGAAGGUUGGUAUGGUUGGAUUACUGAGUCUGACACAGAACCAGAACCUUCAUCUGUAGAUCUGAGGAAUCAAGCACACAGGUUAAUCUGGGAUGCUCUUGAUUAUAUUGUCUCAGUGGAAGCAGAUGCAUUUUUUCCUGGUUUCCAUAAUGAUGGUAGUGGAUGGCCAGACUUCUCAAGCUUGGUCAUGGGACACCGGCUAUACGAGAGUGCUUCUUCUAAAACAUAUCGGCCAGAUAGGAGGGUUCUUGCAGAACUUUUCAACAUUAUCCAUGACAACUUGUACCACCAUAACAAUCGUACUUGGAAACGUGUAGUGAGGGAACAUCUCAACAAAAGCUUGAGUGAAGAUGGACUUAUCAGGCAAUCCCUUCUGUCAAAACCAACCACAUUCCUGUCUCACCCGCUUCCUGAAUGCUCUUGUAGAAUUCCUUCUGCUGAGGUUGCAAAACAGGUAAAAGGUAAUGAUGGCCGUUUCCUAUAUGGAGGAGAGGAUGAGUGCCCAAGAUGGAUGCAGCUUAGUCAGGAAGAUACUCGCUCAGAGUCAGCAGUAGUGGAAGAGGGUAGUGAUGAUAAUAGCGUGUCAGAACAUGAAAAUGAUCGUGUUGAACAGCAAGAAUCUGAUGACAGUAGAGGUAGAAGUAGUCUUACUCAAAUACCCAUGGAUCAGGAUGACGAAUGGGAUCCUAAUGACUAGAAGUGGAUGUGCUGAUGAUAUGACUUCUGUUUUUAUAACUGAAGAUGGUACUCAACUUUUCAGCAAUAUCUUCUGGGAUGUAGAGUUUUGGGGAUUGGGCGAUGAGUCCAUGGUCUUUUUUCACAGUUCCAACUUGGUGUUUUGAAGGAAAUAUUCAGAUUUAUUCUUUCCAAGUAGAUUCAAGAAACCCUUACAGAAAAGAAAAACAAUUGUAUACCUUCUUCAUACAACACUGUUUUAGCGUGAUAGUAGUAGUGAGCACGACUGAUACCUUCAAGAUAAGCUUAGUGCAGCUUGUUGCAGAAACAGAAAUGCCCUGUCUUCUAAGAAACAUGAAAGAUGUUUCUGCACGGAGGAGUUUUGAUUUGGGAAUGUUGGUAUUGGACAGUUUGCAGUUAGUUCCACUUGAAGAUCUUUUUGGUACAUGAAACAUUAAUUUCUGUCCUCGAACUGAAUUUCCUGUCGGAGUGUAAAGUUGUUUCGAACAGAAAUCAAUGACAAGAAUUUUAGUUCUUCUUUUUG